AUGAUAAAGAGGCUAGGAAGAUAUCUGAAGGAUAAGAGAUUAGAGUUGAAUGUAGGAAAGACAAAGAUAAUAAGAUUCAGAAAAGGAGGAGGGAAGAAUAAGGAGGCGGAAUGGAGAUGGAAUAAGGAAAAGAUAGAGGAAGUCAAAGAGUUUAAGUAUUUAGGGUAUACAAUGCAGAAGAAUGGGGGACAGGAGGCACAUAUAAGAGAGGUUACAAAGAGAGCCACGGCUGCAAUGGGACAGGUCUGGGGAAUAGGAAAAAGAAAGUUCGGGGGAGAUUGGAAGAGGAGGAUGAAACUAUUUGUAGCAUUAGUAAGAAGCAUAAUGGGUUACGGGGCAGAGAUAUGGGGAUGGGAGGAGAGGGAGAGAGUGGAAAGGGUACAGGAGAGGUAUAUAAGGUGGACGUUAGGGGUAGACUGGAGAACACCAGGAUACUUAGUGAGGGAGGAGGGGAAGAAAGAAAAGGUAAGAACAUGGGCAGGAAGGAGGGCGUGGAGGUUCGAGGAAAGAUUAAGGAAGGGACAAGGGACGGAAAUAGCGAGGGCGUGCCUGAAGGAAGUGGAAGAAAAGGAAAGGGGAAAAGGAUCCAGAUGGGAAGAAGGAAGAAGGAGAUUCUUUGAGGAAAGAGGGUAUGCGUGGGAAGAGGUGAAGAGAUUACAGGAGGAGGGCAUAGAUAUGGAAGAAAGGCUAGAGGACAGAGAUAGAAAAGUUCAGGAACAGGAAGCAGGGGGUAAGAUAAGGGAAUCGAGGUAUAAUAAAUGGUACAAGGAAAUUAGAACCGAGGGGACACCGAGAUACUUGAAAGAGAGAGGAAAGGAAAAAAGAAUAAGGGCGAUAGCGAGGUUCAGGCUAGGAAAUGAAAUGAGAGAAGGGAGAUAUUGGGAGAGUGAGGAAGAGAGAAAGUGCAGAAUGUGUGGGGGAGAGGUAGAGUCGUGGGAACAUGUACUGGAGAGAUGCGAGAAUGAAGGGUCGAGAUGGGAGAGAGGAAAAGUAUUGGAAUUGUUACAUGAGAAGGGGGGAGGAUAUGAAUGGAUGAAAGAACUGAUGGAAAAGAGGAAGGAGAAAAUGGGGAGAGAAUGGGAGUGUGAAUGA